AUAUUAACAAUAACUUCUGUAAAAGCAUUUAGCAAAUAUUUAGCAGUAAUAUAAAUUAAUAGACUGGUAUCUGAGAUAAUUAGUGGAAGUACAAAAGUUACCAGAAGUAGAGAAAAAGUGGCCAUAGAUAACCUGGCAAGUAAUAAUUAUGGAAUGUCAUGUUGAUAGAAUAUUUAGAUGAGGUUUGCUCAUACAACCUUCAGAGAUCAAGUAGGCCACAUACGCCUGAUACUGGAAAUAAUAAUAUUUUGGAAAUAUUAUUUGUGAGUGAAGUUGUCUAUUUAUUCAUUGGUCACCCCUUAUUUUGUAUUAGGGAAUAUACAAUAAUUAUUACAUAAUAGUAAACAAUAAUAAACAAUAUUAUGAAUACAUAAAUUAAUAAUUAAAAGUAAUCCGUGAUAAGAGUAUAUGGGUAAAUAAGACCGGUGCAUUGUGAAUGUAGGCCUUUGAUUGCCUGCGACAGAGAGAGUGUAAUAAGAAUAUUUGUGGGAGAAUUUGAGGGAGGAACCUUGAAGAAAUACAUUUUCCAAAUUGACCUAUGUAAUUAAUUCUAAUUAUGGUGAAGUGUGUUUACAGACAUGGCAUCCAUAUCAUUGGAAAGGCUGAAGUCCAGACAUCCUAUCAGCACGGAUUUGAUUACAAGAACUUCCAAACAAAUGGACCAAACAUACCAAACACUUGAGGACAAAAUGGCCAGAGGAUGGGACAUUUGAGGUAACAGUGUGUGAGGACGUGGAAAAUUUGUAGAAAUUACAAACCCUAAGAGUAAAAUAUGAGAAGAGAAGAGAAAAUAGUAAUAAUAAUAAUGAUGAUAAUAAUAAAAUAAUAGUUUUUAAUUUAUUAAAAAAAGGAGGGACUUAACUUUUUAAAAUUUAGAGUAAAUAGAUUUAGAAUAAAGAGAUUCUAAAAGAAGAUGAUAAAAAGUUGUAGACAAAGGAAAAAGGCCUCCUCUAGGGAUGAGGGAUUUAAAAAACCAAUUACCAAUAAUUACAGGUGACAUACAAUUUUAGGACAGGAUAGAAUUAGAGCCAGACCAAUGACAGGCUAGAGCACAACCCCUUUUACAAACCCCUAAACUCGCCACAAACACAGAUGAGCCCACAAGCCCAAUAAAAAAAAAAAAAAAAAAAAAAUAGACAGCAAACCAAGGCCACAACCCAGUUCUUAACGCAUAGGCUGAUGCAGCCAAAACAUUAGGAAAGAUGUUAACACCCCCAUGAGAUAAAUAAAACAUAUAACAGUGUAGCCACAGCCCUACAUCAGAUAACACCCCUAGACGUAGGCAGAACAGAAAGGCCUAAGUUAAGGAUGGACAAAUUUAGGAAUGACAUUUUAGAAAAAGUAAAUGAUACAACACCGACAGGAAGUGUAGAGUAGGGACCAGGCAGGCUGGAGAAACCAGACCAGUAAAAGCUACAAGCAAGAGGAAAAUUCAAGCAAGCAGCCGGUAUCUCAAGGAUGGAGAGAGAGGGUGCUAGGAUUUAAAGUUUGAGACUGGACGCUGGGUAAACGUUGGACAAGAACAGCAAGCUGCAUGGAUUUAUACCAAGAGACAAUGUUUAUGUUGAUGAACCCAGAAAUACAUCAAUGUGCCUGAUUUUGAUAAAUGGACAACAAGGACAAUGUAAACCCUGGGCCACUCAGGAUUUUGAUGGACUAGCUGCACGCCUUCCAGAAAUACAUGAAGGAGCCGGAAAAUGGAUACAAAUUCUUGAGCAAAAGACAGCAGAGUGUGUAUUAGCCAUACGAGAUAUCAAGGCCCUGUUGGCAAAGUGUGUCGGUGGAACAAAGUUGAAUGAACUUUUGAAUGAUGUUGGACUGAGAAUUGCAAUUGACAACAUCAGAAGAGAUAAAAUGACCUUUGCCCCCUUCAGGAAGAGCACGUGGACAACAAUACACAGAGAAUACCCCAUGCAGAUUGACCCGAAGAUGCUGAGAGGUGAUCCGAUUGGUGAAACAGAAAAUCCAACAGCAUAUAUACAAGAACAGCUGAAACGGUGGUGUGAAGAACUGGAAAAAGACCCGGAAGAAGACUUUGUUUUAGCUGCACUGUUCAGAAAGGCAAUAGUGGAAGCUGUGCCACCACCGGUUAAAACCAAACUCGAAGAUGUAGUCGAACUGAACUCCAAAUCACACAAGGAGUUCUGUGAUCAUGUUUCACAUGCAGUCAAGCAACACCAAAAGAAUGAGCUGAAGGCAACAACAGCAGAGAGAGACAGAGAGAUGCAGAGGGGGCUGGCAAAGUUACAGCGGGAUGACUUUGUGAGCAAAACUAAGAAAAAAGCACAAGCUGUUCUGAAGGAGAAACAACCAGCUUUAAUGGUGCUCAUCAACACACCUGCCCCCACCAUCCAGCAAACACAGAUAGCAACACCAGCCCAACCCACUCCGGGAAAUGCUCAACAGCAAGCCACUCUCAUUGUUAUCUGUGCAAAGCCAAAACAGCAAAACAGCAGGAAUGGACAAAAACAGCAAGGAGGCAGAGGACAAGGCAGAACAAAAAGAUCACGUGAUAGAUGCUGGGGCUGUGAAGAUGCUGGGGCAGCCUGGACACUUCAGAAGUGAAUUUCUGAAUAACCCAUGAUCUAAUUAAGAUCAACAAAACUGACAGCAGAAUUAACAAGGCGGAUGGUUGAACCAACAAGACUGGUAGCCAAACCAGAGACAGUAAGGCCCACCCAUAGCAGCACCAGCAGCAAUCACAACAACAAUCACAGUGUGGUCCAGUGAAUCUGUGGUGUGGGCCAGACCAAAGCUACUAAGGUUGCCCAGAGGAUUCUAACGGGAGGGGCCAACAUCCAAUGAUAACUGACAAUGCUGACAAGAGAUUAUUGACUCUGCGGGUUGAAGUUGAAGGGAAGGAUGAACCUAUGAUGACUGACACUGGAGCAACUUACACAUGCGUAAAUCCAAAUUAUACCACACACCUCCACCUGUCUGAAAAUUUUGAAAAACAAGCAGGAUUUUAAGAAAAAAACCCAGCUCAGACACCUCUGCCUGCUCCAGUCUGUCUGUAAUAAAAAGCCAAACAAGUGAUUUUAGCAAUAGUAGUUUCUAAGCACCCAUUAAUUUUUAGAAAGAGGUACCCUGUGUAGAUUAAAAUUGCAGAUAUCUUGUUCCCCUGAUGGAAUUUAGAUUAACAGUAAGGUAGUUAGAAAGAUUACAAUAAUAACACCACAAGUAAACAUAUAAUGGAUAGGAAAAUUUAGAAUAGAAUAUAUACAAGAUAAUUACAAAAUGGAAAAAGUUUGUGAAAGAGCAAACUAAUGAACAUAGAAGGUACAGUCUGAAUUUUUACUGUAUUAUGAUGUAUGACCCCUUAUGCAGAACAGAUCUAGAAAAAGAGUGAAUAAAUGAGAAGGAAGGAUAGAAAGUUCCCCUGAUUUCCCCACUUAUAGAAUAGCGCCCCAAGUUACAGCUUCACAGAUAGACACUUGAUUUAAAAAAAAAAAUAGAAGGAUUUUUGACUCUACAGCACAUGUAACUAUUUUGCAGGCAAAUAAAUUAAGUAUUAAGAUCUUAGCCAUAUGAUGAAAAAUAAAAUAGGGAAUGCAGUAAAAUUCUAUACUGCUCAUUUUGGAAGAGAGGAGAAACAAGAAAGUUGUGUGCACCAUGGUUCUGGCAGUAGUUGCAACUGAUAAGAUAGAGAUUAUUUGGCAGUCAUCCCAGAGCAGGCCUAACAUCAGAAAUAGAGCAGCUGAUUCAAACUAAUUUAUGGAAAAGCUAAAACAUAUGUGAGUUUAACAAAAAUUUAGCAAAAUCUGUAAGAAUUAAAAUAGAAAACAAGAGGUACCCAUUGUGACAGGAAACAAUAAAAUGUAUUAGAAGCACUAUUGAGGCAUUAGGAGUUUUUAGUAGAAACAUCAAACUAUUGUAAAACACCAAUAUUUUCUGCAGCUAAAGCUUUUAUUUUUGUUCAUGAUUGAAGAAAUAUAAAUGAUGAAUUUGAAGUUUGGCCAGCACACAGUAAGUUCCAGAUCCACACACACUGUUAACUAGUAAUCCCCCUGAAGUAAACUGUUUCAAUGAAAUUAAUUUAUGCUCUGCUUUCUUUAGUAUGUAACUGGACGAGAAAUGCAGAAACUUUUACCUACAAAGGUAAACAACUCACUUAUUCUAGAUUACUGCAAAAUUUCCUCAUUUACUUUAUAUUAUUAAUUAAUUAUUAAAAACAGAUUUGAAAAGAUCUAGUGUUGGACAAUGCACUGUUCCAAUAUGUGGAUGACCUUUUUAAUUUACUAUCCCACACUUGACCCAUGCUGUAGAGAUUAUAAAAGUAUUAAAUAAAUUAUCUGAGGGGGGAGGCACAAAGCCUCUAGAGCUAAAUUCCAACAUUGUUAAACAUAAGUUAAAUAUUUGAUAAGAUUAAUUGCAUAUAAGACUGAAAUUAUGCCCCAGCAAAUUAAAAGGCAUAAGCAAUGCACUUAUGCCACAAAGAAAAAAGCAUGACAGAGUUUAGAUUUGAUAGGAUAGAAGAUCAUUUAACAAAGAUUGCAUAUCUCUAAAAUCAUUAAUAAUUCGGUGAAGCAACAAAAUUUAAGUGCCUUACUUUCAUUUUACAGCAUUCAUAUUAUAAAAAUGAGACAUAACUGUAGCCCCAAUUGUGUAUGAUGAAGAUUUCUCACUAGAUGAUAAUGUCUUAACUGAACUAAUGGAACAGGGGAAAUAAAUGUGGGAAAAAUUCCAUAAUAAUUGUAUCACAAUUUGACAUUUGGAUAAAUAUAUAUUUUGGCAAAAAGGAUAUGUUAGAAGUGAUUUAAUCUGUGAGCUAAAAUGACAUUCGCAGACAAUUUCACAACAGUACAGUCAACUAGGAAUACCUGUAAAAUAAACUAUAACUUUUUCCUGUUACAAACAAAAAACGCUGUUGUAGCUGAAUGCUUUUGGAUAUGUGGGAGAAAUGCCUUAAGAUACACACUCCCCAGAUACUGAAAAUGCUUGUGUGCUAGUUAACUUAGCCCAGGCCAUUAGUAUUUAAAUGUGAAAAUUAUAUAACCUUGUUAAACCCCUGCUCUUUAUUUUUGUGUAGUUUGGGUUUUUCUCUGUCCUAGUAGUGGUUGUCCAUUUGGAAGGGGACAGAAACCAAUUAUCUAUGACACCUGAGGUAUAACUAUUUAAGAGCUGUUGCCCCCCCACAGAGGAUAGCUACCCAUUUGUUUGAAAAACCUUUCGUAUGUUUGCAUUUCAUUUGGCAUCAAACAGUGAGUUUGAAUUUGUCUAGUUAAACUAGAUCAGAGAAAGUGUGGGUAAGUGAGCUGAACCGGAAGACUUUUUCCUGUGUUUGUUAUUUUCUUUUUUGGAAGUUAGGAGAGUUUUAACUCAGGAGAUCUUGUAGUUCAGAUUAGUUAGCUCACUGUCCUGGCCUUAUGUAAGUAUUUAGCUUUGACUUUAGUAACAUUAUAUUUUCCAUUAGUUUGUUUCGGUUACAUUUUUAUUUUGGGAAAAACGUGAUUGAUUGAUUGAUUAUCUUUUGCUUCGCCAUAGUGAUGUUUUUUCUGUUUUUGAUUAGAUUAAUAUGUUGGUCCCUUAAUUGGGUGGAGACAAACCUGAUGAGCAUGUUGAGCCCUGACCACUUUAUGAUAGAAUAAAAAGAGCAUAUCAAAUUGCCAAUUCUUUUAUGAUUGGAUAGAUUAUAUUGAUCAGCCAAGAGGAAUACCAAAUGAUCUGAAUUCCACAUUUGGAUUUAAAUUCACACUGAUUUGGAUCUGAAUGGAUUAAUCAUCUCUAUUACAAUUAGAAUCAAUUUAUUAACUAUAGUGAUGAUAAAAUGAAGCUGAUAGAACAAGUAAGACUUAAUGAUGAUACUGAUUUGAAAAUUGAUAACUGGUUUGCUUUUUUCCUGGGGAGCUUGGCUAACCAAAACCGAUAUUUCAUGUUAUAUUGCAAUUGUUGUUUUUUUCUUGCUCUUCUGUUGUGUUCUACCUAUCUCCAGGUCUGUGGUGACUAAGGCAACUGCCAAGCAGAUGGCAGUACUAACAGGACUAAGUGUUCACCAAAGUCCUGACGGCCUAAUGCUAAACAUACAUACUACAUCGUUAGUUGACACCACACCACCAGCUGACAAUACUUAUGAAACUAUGGAUUAAAAUGUUACAUUCUUUUGUUUCUUUGUUUUCCAUCUUUUUGUGAUAUGUUUGGUUAGUAAGGGAGCAAGUUUAUAAUUGUAUUUCUUUUAUUGUUUUUCAGUAUUAGUUACAAAUCAUUAGUCCUGAGUAGGCAGGAAGUUAGAGAAAUUUUGUUUUUAAACUUUGUUUUCAUCUUUAAUUUCCCCUCUUGUGUGGUGACUGUAGGUCCUGGUGUCUUUUUAGAUAUAAAAUCCAGGGGACAAAUUGUCUAGCUCGGCCGCACAACGGGGGACAAUGUAAAGAUGUGAAAUAUACCAUAUAAUACACAUAGACUCGUAUUACCAAACACAGAUAUCGGAGCACAACUUCACCUCAACGACUACACUAAAGAGUGUCUCAGAUAGCGCCCCUGGUGACCGGAAAAGCUAGGGGUUCCUCUGAGAACGAAGGUCCAUCAUUGUGCAGUCGCUGGAAAUAUAAUCGUUGCACUAAAGUUACACACAUCACCAUUAUAUUAUUAAAAGUAGAUUGUCUAGAUAUUUUGACUACUGAUAUACUACACUACUGAAUUUUUACUGCUGUAUUACACUACAGUUGUAUCUCUCUACCUGCACUGAGAACAUCUUUAAUUAAUCAAUAUAUUUACUACUGAUCAUGAUUACUGGCUUAUUUUGAUUGAUAUAUUUUCUUUCAGCAUUCUUUAGUAAUGAUAAGUCUUACACAUUUUAAAAUUACUGAAUUUGAUUUUACAUGUGUCUUUCUUUUUCUUAAUUACAAAUAAUGAGAUAUUAAUUGUUUUUGAACAUUUUCAUUUUUUGGGUUCCUUUAGUAUGUACAGGGUCCAAGAAUCUUUUUUCCUUCUUUUAAGCUAAUAUACUCACUUAAACAAACAAGAAUGGUGCCAUUUUGGGAAGGUUUUUGAUUCUUGUUCCCUUAAGGGAGUGAGUGCUGCAUCUUAACUGCGUCUGUGUUAGGAUCUGCAUGGAACUUUUGAUCCAUGAAAGCUCUUAGCUAGUAUAACAUCAUGUGCGACAACGUUCUGCUGCAGCACUCUCAUUAUGUGAUGUUUUCUUAAAGGUACCCCCUCAUGUUUGAUGGACUCAGGAGUCCAUAAGGGGGGAAUAUAUAGUAGUUUUUGUUGGGUAAAUUACUGAUCAUAUGCUGUAUUAAUAUUAUAUUAGGCCUAAGGCCUGUUGUUUCUACACAAGGCUAUAUGACACCCAGUUAAACUUUCGUUUUCUCAGUUAACUUUCGUUUCCUAAUUAAAAGAGUCCAGGUGCUAUCCUGCAACUAUAGCCCGAUUGUUCUCGCCACGAUUAGUUUGAGAAACAAGGUCAAACAACCAAUAAACAAGAGUACGUCAUUUUAGAUUAGAGAAUUCGUCCGGCUGUACUUUGCUACAUUAACAAAAAGUUGGUUAUGUCAGGGAAAGCCAAGGCCAAUCGAAAUAAUAAACAGAGAACGUCACUUUAAGAUUUAAGAAGUCCAGCUGUCAUUUUAGAUAUGAAGAAGGAUUCAGCUGCACAUAAAACAAACAGAUUAAUUGUGGCAGACUGAGACCAAUGAGAAGAACAUACGUCAUCUCAGAUAAGAAGUGUUUGAUCUUACUGUAUAAAAAUGGAGUCAGAUGUUGGGAGGGCAGAUGAUCUUUUAGCGCCUCUAUGAGGGGUAUUGAUUGUCUCACUUUGUUGGCUCGAGCGAAUAAAGUAAUUUUUGUUUGGCACCUGGAA